AUGUUGAGGUUUAGGGUAUUAUAUAGAAAGUUUAGAAGGCUAAAGUAUCUUUCUAAACUAGUCAAAAAGCCUGAUGUUAUCGCAAAAUUAGAUGAAUUUUGGGGAAUUCCUCCAAAUUAUAAAGGCGCUAAAAAAUGCAAAAAACGUAAAAAAAUAACCCUAAAUAAUGAUCAAAAAGAUGAUAAAAACAAUGUUUUAAAUUAUUUUGAUAAAAAAACUGUGGAAUCCGCUGAGGAGGUUACUAUAAAGGAGGAAUCAAAGCCAGAGUUAAAACAGCAUGAAUCUGAGCUUGAUUAUGAAUACGUAAAUGAGAAGGAAUUUUUUAAAGAAUCCGUAAAUGACUUAAGAAAACUAAUUUAUCCACAUCUGGAUCCUAUUUCUAAGAGGCAUUUUGACGAAGUAAAACUCACAGCCCUUGGCGGAAAAGUAUCGCAUAACCGCAAGAUGCCUUAUAAGGAGUUCCUUCAAAGGCAAAAGGCUCUUAAAAAACACCUUGAGAAAAGGAAAAAAUUGGAGAUUGAACUGGGUGUUAAGUUAGGACUUGAUACAAAGGGAGGUUUUCGGCAAGCUCAGUUACAAAAAAGGAGGAUAUUGAGUCAAAAAAGGAAAAAUAAACCACUUUUCGCAACUAAUGAUAAAACUGGUUUCUAUCACAUUAAACUUUAA